AUGCUAGCCCGUCAUCAGCUCAUGGCUCUACCACGGGCAAGAGCAGCAGCAGUAGCCAGCAAGACAUCCUGGACUGCCGUCACGGCCGCCAUCCGACAGCAAUCCCGAGGGUACGCUACACCCCUCGGACCUCCUCCAGCCAACUUCCGCACCAGCAAGGAAGUCAGGUGGCAUUGGGACAAUGACACUCUCCUCGACCGUAUGGGGAAGUAUUUCCUCCUCACCGAGAUGGCGAGGGGCAUGUACGUCCUUUUGGAGCAGUACUUUCGUCCUCCCUAUACCAUUUACUACCCGUUCGAGAAGGGUCCCAUCUCCCCCAGAUUCCGUGGCGAACAUGCCCUUAGACGUUAUCCCUCUGGUGAGGAGCGAUGUAUCGCCUGCAAACUUUGUGAAGCUAUCUGCCCCGCUCAAGCCAUCACCAUCGAAGCCGAGGAACGAGCCGACGGAUCCCGCCGCACCUCCCGCUACGACAUCGACAUGACCAAGUGCAUCUACUGCGGCUUCUGUCAGGAGUCCUGCCCCGUCGAUGCCAUCGUCGAGAGUCCCAAUGCCGAGUAUGCCACUGAGACGCGAGAGGAGCUUCUCUACAACAAGGAAAAACUCCUUUCCAACGGUGACAAGUGGGAGCCUGAACUUGCCGCUGUCAUCCGCGCCGACUCCCCUUACCGAUGA